GAUUGUGUUUUGAUGACGUCAUUGUAACUGGAGCAGAAAAUACCAGUAGGAGGGUUGGGCAGUGGUCUUGCUUUUAGCUUGUUACAUCGCAAGUCACACCUGUAAUAUUGCUUAACUUUAAACUACGCAAACACAAACAUUACAGAAUGAUUUAGAGGCUGUACUUCGUGUGUGCUGGUGCACUGAAACAUGGGUCAUUGCAGUGUCCACAUCCUCCUGCUGCUGCUCUUGUUGCAGAGUCUGCAGGCAUCAGCAGAGGACUCAGGUGGACAUUUGGCGUGUCUCUGUGAAAGCCCAAAAUGCCACGAGACCACCCGGUGCCGCGGUACCGAGUGCUUCUCCUCUGUCAAAGUUGGCAGCACUGGGGUGGAGUUUGAGCGUGGCUGCCUGGAGGGUUCAGAGCAAAUCAGUUUGCAAUGCUCCACUGCUCCGUCCUUCCAACAAGCCAUUUACUGCUGCUCUGAGGACAUGUGCAACAACAACACAAAUGUGCACUCUAUGAUGUCUCUGCUUCCAUCAGAAGAUGAGCCAGCGGGUGAGCCAGUUCGGUAUCGUGUGGAGACAUUAGUUCUCUUUGUCCUUGGUCCGGUGGUGGUUCUGGCUCUGCUGACUCUAGUGUCAGUGCUGGCCUGCAGGAGGCUCCACCACGGCCGUUUGCAGAGGCUGCAAGAGUUUGACACUGAGCAGGGAGCCAUAGACGGCCUCAUCACGUCCAAUGUGGGAGACAGCACUUUAGCAGACCUCUUGGACCAUUCGUGUACGUCAGGCAGUGGUUCAGGUCUGCCUUUCCUUGUCCAGAGAACUGUGGCCAGGCAGAUCAGUCUGGUGGAGUGUGUAGGCAAGGGACGGUACGGAGAGGUGUGGCGUGGGCAGUGGCAGGGGGAGAAUGUGGCUGUUAAAAUCUUUUCCUCAAGAGAUGAAAAGUCCUGGUUCAGAGAGACAGAGAUCUACAAUACAGUGCUCCUAAGACAUGAAAACAUACUGGGCUUCAUGGCAUCUGACAUGACUUCUCGAAAUUCCAGCACCCAGCUGUGGCUCAUCACGCAUUACCAUGAGAACGGGUCCCUUUAUGACUACUUGCAGCGAGUUGCUGUGGAGACAUCAGAGGGCCUGGCGAUGGCAGCGUCGAUAGCAUGCGGCCUCGUGCAUUUGCACACAGAGAUCUUCGGCACAGAGGGGAAACCGGCCAUUGCACACCGAGACCUGAAGAGCAAAAACAUCCUGGUCACAAAGGAGCUACGCUGCUGUAUCGCAGACCUGGGGUUGGCUGUGACUCACUCCCAGGCAGACAACCUACUGGAUGUGGGCAACAAUCCAAAAGUUGGCACCAAGCGCUACAUGGCCCCUGAAGUGCUGGAUGAGACCAUUCAGACAGACUGCUUUGAUGCCUACAAGAGAGUGGACAUCUGGGCCUUUGGGCUGGUGCUGUGGGAGAUAGCGAGACGCACAUACAGCAACGGCAUUGUCGAGGAGUAUAAGCCUCCCUUUUAUGAUCAGGUGCCAAACGACCCCAGCUUUGAGGACAUGAGAAAGGUGGUGUGUGUGGAGCAGCAGAGACCUUUCAUUCCCAAUCGUUGGUUCUCUGAUCCUACUCUCUCUGCUUUGGUGAAACUGAUGAAGGAGUGCUGGUACCAGAACCCAUCUGCCAGGCUAACAGCGUUGCGCAUCAAGAAGACACUAGACAAGAUUUACAGCUCUUUGGAAAAGGGCAAGGAGUCAUGAGAGGUUGAGGAGCUUCA